GGCUGGCGGCCGGGCGGGGGAAAGUCACGUUACACCCAGGAGAAAGGGGCCGGCCUGGGCUUGACUUCGGGGGGCUGUUGACCCCUGACCGCGGGGCUCAGUGAUCGCCCGAGGAGCGCGGAGGGAGCAAGUCGCUGCCUCCCGCCCCAAACGCCGGGGACUGGUGCUCGCUCGCGGCGCGAUGGAUCCGCUCAGGGCCCAGCAGCUGGCAGCUGAGCUGGAGGUGGAGAUGAUGGCCGACAUGUACAACAGAAUGACCAACGCCUGUCACCGGAAGUGCGUCCCGCCCCACUACAAGGAGGCAGAGCUCUCGAAGGGGGAGUCUGUGUGCCUGGACCGCUGCGUCUCUAAGUACCUAGACAUCCACGAGCGCAUGGGCAAGAAACUGACGGAGCUUUCCAUGCAGGAUGAGGAGCUGAUGAAGAGGAUGCAGCAGGGGGCGGGGCCAGUGUAGGGACUUCCUCUUGAACAUGGACAGCCUGCAUGAUUGGCCCAGUGGCCCCACCAUUGCCUUCCGGACUCAACCCUGUGCCCCCCCAUCAAUAAAACCUCUGCAGUUGUGUAUGA